GCGCUCUGCCUGGAGCUGACAGCUCUGGGGCUGACAGCUGCCCUUUGGAAGGAUUCGGGCUGCCGUCCUUCGUGUCUCAGUGCUACUGCGGCUUUGUUGGCCCCGAUGGAGCAGGUUGCGGGCCCGAUGAUGGCACGGCCUGCUGGUGCAAGUGCUGCUGCCAUCAUGUGGCAGGUGGUAGCUGUCGCUACCGCAUGACAGAGAUGGAGGCGAUGGAUGAGCUUUCCUCGCAUGCUGUCGGAGCUUCCAUCGGUGCGAUGAGCAUGGGCACCCUCGGGGCAAUGCUCACAGUCCUCGUGGCUUGA